ACGGCAUUUCUUCGAGCGGUUGUGAAGUGAUUGUGCGCGAUAUGCCGAACAUUAGGCCACUGUCCGAGCCACUGGCCAAGAAGGCCGAGAAGGAGCUGUUCGAAGUGCCGGAGAGAAUUGACGAGGAUGUUACUGCGCUGCGCACGUGGAUCGCCAAGCAGCCCCACUUGAGAUCCAGGACGGAUGAUCAGUUCCUGGUCACGUUCCUCAGGGGCUGCAAGUACUCGCUGGAGCGUGCGAAGGCGAAGAUUGACCUCUACUACACCGUGCGCACGUCAAUGAAGGAGAUGCUGAUGGAUCGAGAUCCGCUGAGUGAGAGGAAUAUGGAGCUCAUCAGGAUGGGAGUGGGACUACCGCUGCCCAAUACCGUCACUCCGGACGGCCCCAGAAUCGUCCUGAUUCGUCCUGGUGUCUACGAACCAGACAAAUUCAGUAUAGUGGAUAUCAUGAGGAUCAGCUUGAUGGCGAACGAUAUGCAUCUGAUAGAAGAUGACCAGAUGAUGGUGGCGGGACAGAUUGGCAUUCUUGAUCUCGCCAACACGACUAUGGCUCACUUCUUGCAAUUCACUCCCACUUUGACCAAGAAGAUGACCGUCAUGAACCAGGAAGCCAUGCCGAUCCGCCUCAAAGGCUUCCACUACAUCAACACACCGCCAGGAUUUGAGACUGUGUACAACAUGUUCAAGAGAUUCCUGAAUGAGAAAAAUAGGAACAGACUUCAUGUGCAUGGGGACAAUAUGGAGAGCCUGUACCAGCACAUUCCGCAGAAGCUGCUACCCAAGGAGUACGGAGGAGAAGCUGGCUCCAUAAAGGACAUGAUUGUGCAUUGGGAGAAGAAGUUCAUUGAGUUCCGCGACUACUUCCUGGAAGAUGACAAGUACGGCACCGAUGAGAAGAAGCGUCCAGGUCGUCCGAAAACGGAGGAAACCAUCUUUGGCAUCGACGGAUCAUUCCGGAAACUCAAUGUUGAUUGAAAGUGCGAGUAAAGCUUGCCAAAGACUCAGUUUUAUUUCAUGGGUGUCUUUGUCUAUCAUA